AUGGCGCCCAAAUCCCGCUCACGAGCACCACCCCCUGCAGCAGCAGCAGUGCCACUACAACCAAUACCCCCAGAGGCACAGAAACAACAAAAUGGCCCCCCCUCAAAGACCCUCGUCGAGCGCAUCGCCCUCCCCAUGGGCAUCCUCACCCUCGCAGCAAUCGCCUCCCCCGUCUCCCAAGCCACCCUCGCCCCCGUCUUCGGCGCCAUCCCCUCCGCCGUCAACCACCAACAAGCGCUCAUAGCAUCCUCCCUCCUCGGCUUCCUACUCUACCACUUCCUCCCCAAACCCUCUGCUGGAACCAUCGGACAAGCCCUCGCAGCCUACUCCCUCUGGAUCCCCGUCGUCCAAACGUACCUCUUCCCCUACAGCACCAUCCUCGGCCCAACCUGGGGUCCCAUCCUCCUCGGCUUCCUCAGCUGCCACGCCCUCGUCCUCCCCGCAACCUACGCCGCCGCCGAAACCAUGUCCGCCCUCAAUCUCUCCGCGCGAGCCGGACCGUACUUCGCCCCCGUCCUCUCGACUAGCCUAGGACUCCUACACCUCCUCUCCUUCGAACGCCAAUUCGCCACCAUCCUCCCCGGCCUCGCGUCACUCUCUGCAGCCUUCACGCCAGUGAAAUUGCAACUACUCAUCGGCUCGACGUUCGCGUACUUAUUCCCGUCCAAAUUAACCAUACUAGCCCUGCCUGCCCUCGCGCACACGUUCCUCGCGAACCCGCACUUCGACUCCGUCCGCAACAUGGACGUACUGAACCAACAGCUUGCGCUGCAGAACUGGACGAUGCUAGAGCGCACGUGGUCGAACACGGGCUACGUUUCCGUGCUAGAGAGUAGCGGGAUGGGGUAUCGGGUCUUGCGGUGCGAUCACUCGCUGCUCGGUGGAGAAUUCUUACUGACGGACGAGCGGCGGGAGAGAGAGGGGUGGGUAGUGAAUGAGUCCAUCUACUCUGUUUUCGAAACGCUGGAGGCGGUGCGGUUGAUGGAGGAUGAGGCAAGGGCAGGAGAUGCUGAUGCGCGGGCGUUGGUCGUGGGACUGGGGAUUGGGACGGCGCCGAAGGCGUUUCUUGCGCACGGCAUCGAAACGACGGUGGUCGAGCUCGACCCUGUCGUGCACGCUUACGCGCAGACGUACUUCGGCCUGCCGUCAAACCACAUCUCCAUCCUCCGCGACGCCGUCAGCUGGGCAAGCGAAGCCGUCACACAAGAAGAGAGGGAGAAAUACGACUACGUCCUCCACGACGUCUUCACAGGCGGAGCGGAGCCUUUGUCUCUGUUCACGGAAACGUUCAUACGCAAUCUACGCUCUCUACUAAACCCCUCGGGCGCCAUCGCGAUCAAUUACGCCGGGGACGUGAAGUUCCCUCUCACGGCCAAGGUGCUGAAUACCAUCGACGCGGUGUUUGACGGGCAGUGUCGGAUUUUCCGCGAUACACCACACGCACCCGCUUCGGAGACAGAAGGGGAUAAAGUAGCGGUGAAUGAUGACUUCACCAACAUCAUCGUCUUCUGCCGCAACACCCCCGGUGCCAUCACGUUCCGUCGACCGGUGAAGGAGGAUUUUUUGGGGAGCAAGAGUCGCGAGCAAUAUCUGCUGCCCAACCCACGACUGGAGAUCCCAUUCCCGCUGCACAAUUCGCCUAAUCGCAGACAGCGUGUCCGUGCCGAGGCGCUGCAGGUCGGUGAAGAGCAGCAGUGGAGCGCGCAGCAAGUCGAGUCCGCGAAGAAGCACUGGUACGUCAUGCGGAAGGUGCUGCCGGAUGUUGUGUGGGAGCUUUGGUGA